AGAAAAGGUUCAAGGCUUGAAUUUGUAGAAACUAGAACUUGGACAAUAUGAAAAUACUUGUGAACACACGAGAUUCCUCAAAAAUACUCUUAUUAAAAAUCGUUUAAACUGACUUAACAGCUCUGUUUAAUCAGGUUUCUAUGAGUACACACACUCGUGUAUCACAACUGAUCAAUCCCUAACUACUCAAGGAACUCAAGAACUAUGUCCUGGUCUCUACCCUUACAUUUCUCUAGUUCGCUCAUUUUUCUCCAAACCUUAAUGCCUUGAUAUAUCUUCAAAAGCACACCCUUUCUCCGGUUCACACUCUCUUUAUAUUUUUGGCAAUAUGAAGAUUCUCCCAUAUAUUAUUUCAAUAUCUUUCUUCUUCCUUUCCAAAACUGUUUAUAUUACGAUCACGUCUCCCUCAAGUUACUAAAACGAUCAUCUCAAUUUCCAAUCGUCUUGAACCGAAGCCACCUUAAAUCGGCUUCAACUUCUCAUGAAUCUUGAUUCAACAAUCUCCCCUUUUUUAUUUGUGUGAGUCACUCAUUCCUGAACCUGCAAAACAUGUCACACAGAGACUCAAAACACCGAGUUAAACUUAUUAGUCACUCUCAAAUAAGCUCGAAUGCUCAUCACCCUUUCAGUUAACACAAUGCAUCAUAAUACUUCAAGAGUCAUAUGACUUAGAACAGUCUUAUACUAAAUCAGAAACAAAUCCAAACACAACUGAGCAUGGAUGCAGCUAAGCACCAUGCAUGACAUACACUUCUCCCCCAGAAUGUGUGACUCGUCAGAUAAAAACACAUUCACUGAGACACUUUGGCUCCCCCAUCAGCUUAUCAUCACCAAGCAUGUGACCAGCCUCUUUCUGAUGCGCCAGAAUCCGAUGAAUGAGGUUCGGAAGACAGAUAUCAGAGUUAUCCAAUGGGUUUACAACACCAUUGUGGAUCUGAGACAGUAGCAGUUCACCAAAGUUUACGUGCUUCCUCAUAACCAAAGAACCGAGCAAUCAAAGACGCUGUCGUACCCUAUCCUCUGACUCCUCCCAUGGAAUCCAGUUAGUACUACAGACGUAGUACACUUGAUGAUACACAGGACAUAGAUCUUUGAUGGAGAACUCACUCUAUUAAUUGCGGACAUCUGAAACUCCUUGACACUCCUUUGUCAAGCCGUCUCAUCAUGUUAUUAACGCUCUUUGCCAUCAGACUUGACAGAUUUGUAAGCUUCAAACCGCUUGGGAAGACAUCUGAUAAAUUUUUUAACAAGCUUCUUUUUUUUGUACUUUUCUCCCAGCACGGCUGCCUCAUUUGCAAUCAUGUUCAGUUUGUUUGUGAAGCUUCCAAGGGGUUCGUCUUCCUCCAUUCUUAGAUUCUCCCACUUGGUCUCAAGAUGGUCAAGGCGAGUCCUCUUAACACUAGAAUCUCCUUCAAAGUAGUUCACUCGUGUGUUCCAUGCAUCUUUGGCCGAUUCACAAUAUUGUAUGAUCUUGAAUUGAUCAAUAUAAACGGUAGAGAAGAUGGUGGAAAUUGCCUUUGAAUUUCAUUUUGACGCAUUCUUUUCUUCAGUCGUCCAUUGCUCCAACGGCUUGGACACUUGCUUUCUCUUCUCAUUCAUAAUUGUACGUUCAGUCCAGCCAUUAAAAAUAGAAGCCCAGCCUCCUCAUCGAUACCACAAAUGAUAUACCUUAUUUUAACCUUCCAGUGUCCGAAAUUUGAUCCAUCCAACAUGAUUGGCUUAUGUACUGCGAUUAGCUCCAUCAUAUGAUCCAUGUUCUUCCCAAGAUCUCAACAUGUAGACAAUGUAGACAUCGAAGAGGUUGACCGCUCUGAUACCAAAUGUAGAAACUUGAACUUGGACCAAACAAAAAUACUUGUGAACACACGAGAUUCCUAAAAAAUACUCUUAUUAAGAAUCGUUUAAACAAACUUAACAUCUCUGUUUAAUCAGGUUUCUAUGACUACACACACUCGUGUAUCACGACUGACCAAUCCUUAACUACCCAAGGAACUCAAGAACUAUAUCCCGAUCUCUACCCUUACAGUUCUCUAGUUCACUCACUUUUUCUCAAAACCCUAAUGCCUUGAUAUAUCUUCGAAAGCAUACCUUUUCUCCGGUUCACACUCUCCUUAUAUUCUUGGAAAUAUGAAGAUUCUCCCAAAUCUUCUUUCCAUAUAUUUCUCCUUCUUUUCCAAAACUGUUUAGAUCACGAUCACGUCUCCCUCGAGUUACUAAACUGAUCAUCUCAAUCUCCAACCGUCUUGAACCGAAGCCACCUUAAACCGGCUUGAACUUCUCAUGAAUCUUGAUUGAACAGAAUUAACGUCCCAAAUUGUUUGAAAUACAACUAUCUUCUACUUCAAGGUUGUUUUACACGAUCAAAUACAAAUUUUGUUAUUAGAUGUAAUUAUUUGUAUAGUUUUUGUUUUGUUCGCGUUUGUCAUUCAUGUUUAUAUUUUUCAACAUGUGUUUUAUGAUAUAUGUAAAUUUUAAUAGAAAAACAGCGGAUAAAAAACCUCUCUCGUGAAUUUCUCCCUCUAAAAUCCUCUCUACAAAACCUACUUUUUUUUUCUCUGCCGUUUGGGUGGCCGGUGACCUUCUCGUCUCCUUUCUCUAACGCCCCCCCCCCCUAUUCCUUGUUUUUUUUCCUCUUCACAUUUCCUCUCCCUUCUCUUCCUUCGUUUCCUUUCCCGGUCUCUGAAUCUUUGACGUCACCGCGGUGCUAGAUCUGGCGCUAUGGGGUUUUGAUAUCCGGAGAAACAAGGCAGAUGAAUGGAUGAGGAGUCUCUCUGGUCAUUCGUGGUGGCGGUGGUCUGGAUCUGGCAUAAGAUCUGGAUUUGGGUUAGGGAUUUUCUCGUUCCUUUGCCUCCUUUGUCUGUCCUUCUCUGUGUGGGUGAGUCAUCUCGGUUGGUUGAAGGCGUCGUCAUUUUCCCUAGUAUGGCGGGUUCGCGGUGUUUCUCCUGCUUUCUCGGUGGUCUUCAUCGGCGAGCUUGUUAGGCCGUCAGAUGUUCUCGCAGGAGCUUCUCAAGACUUGCAAUUGUUUUCUCUCAGGAUUGGUCUGCUUUGGGUCCGAAGCGGGGACGUGUGCAAGGGGUCAAGUCGUCGGACUUGUCAACCACGGCUACACUCCUUGGUGGCGGCGCAUGCGGGAUGUGCAGGUUUCAGGGUGUUGAUCUAGGGCUGCUUCAUGUCUGCCUUGGCUUAAGGUGGUGCUUGUUUCUCUGUCAUUUUGGUGCAUGUUCGAUGGCUUGUGGCGGGUACUAGUUUCUCCUUCUCCAAAUCAAGCUCGUCAUUGCCUUUGUGGGUGUUCUCCAUCUCAGGUGAAGUUUUAUCUGCGAAAGCUGCAAUUUAAGAUGUCUCCACAAGUUGUUCUUGAUAGUCUGAUCCUUAAGAGUAUGAUCACCGGGUACGCCGCUAAUCUACCGGGUUCAUCUCUCGUAAUCACUGCAGAUCUUGAUUUUGUGGCAAGUGGUGUUCUAUUUUGGUUGUAUGCUUAGCUUGUAGUUUCAUAACUUGAGUCAAUUUUUACUUAGUUAAAUUGAAUAUGUGUUAGUUUAUUUUAUGUCUCUUUACUUCAUGUUAUUUAUGUAUUUUCUGUAACAAACUCAAACACUCGGUAAUAUAUCUUAACAUUGUUACCAAAAAUAUAUGUAAAUUUUAGCUUUAUUUUCAUUAUAGAAUAAAUGUUGGUAAUCUAUAUUAUUAAAACUGAAGUACAUUUGAGAUUUGUUUGGAAACAUAGAUAGCAUUUAAAAAAAAUUAUGGUCUGUUAGAAAUAUAAAAAAAAAUUGAUGUGUAAUCGAUAUUUCAUCAAAUAUAUUCAGUUACCAUAACUCAAAUACACGUAAUAAAUCAUACUUUUAAAUAUGGAAACAAGACAAGAAUAACUAAUAAAUAGAUUUUGACAAAUAUAUGAUACAUCUGCAAUGUAAAUUAAUUAAAAAAAAUAUUGAACACUUAAAACGGAAAACAAAUAUAAAUUUAUAAAACAAACAAAUUAAUACCGCAAUUAAGAAUAUUAUAUAAUUGCAAUACAAUUGCACUACAAAGUGGCGAGACAUCUAAAAUAUUUAAUAUUCACAUGAAAGCUAUAAAAUAUUAUAGAAUUCUUAAUUAUGUAAUAGUUAGACAUGAAAUAUUAUAACAUCUCAGGUCCACCUCCUAUUGCAAUUACGUGAUAUUCAAACAUAUUCAUGUUAUAUAUGAUUAAGUGUAUCUUUGAAUAGAAAAGUACUAUGGUUUCUUUCUUUAGGUGUUUCAGAAAUGAGUUCUGAAAACAAUUUCACAGUUUUGUUAAUAUCUUUAUGAUCGAAAAAUUACUAUCUAAAAUUACAUUGUUAUUAAAUUUUGAAUACUUUACGCAAUUAAAUUAAUAUUAAAUUUUUAAACAGAGAUGUAGAAACCACUAUAUUUUGAAAAAAAAUCACAUUUUUAAAAAUUGUAUCUCUUCAAUCACAGGAACCACCAUAUUUGAAAUCUAUAUAAAAUAAUAUAUUUUCUAAAGGUUCGAUUUUGAUUUUUUGGUUUUAAAUAUAUAAGAACCACUUAGUUAUUUGUGAAUAUCAAUUUAGUUUUGAGGUUUUUUGCUUCGGUUUUGAUUCAUUGUUGGUUCUAGGUUUAUAGUUCCAUGUCUAACCAGGAUGCUGAAAUCUUUUUUUUUUCUUUGGUUAUAAUUUUAAAAAUAUCACGUCAUAGAACGGGUUAUAACCUAUAAAAAUAAAUAAAAAUUUGCAGUAUAUAUUUCAAAUAUUUCCACAGACUCAAUGGUAAGUAUAUCAUAUCUAGACAUAUCAUUUCAGGUACUUAGGAUUCAAAACGAUUCUCAUUAUCUAAAAAUAUGAAAAUACCCAAAACAUGAAAAAUAUUUAAACUCCAAAAAAUUCAAAAUAUUUAAAUACCUAAAAAUUUAAAAUUUAUUCGAAAUCUGACCCGAUAAACCAAAAAUUACCCAAAAUUUUAUCUAACUACCCAAUUUUUUUAAAAAAAAAUCAAAUUUUACCUGAAACCCAAAACUAUUGUAAAUCCAAACUCAAAACUUAAAAGAUAUAUGUAAUACCAGAAACAUAUUUCAAAAUACCCUAAUAUACUGAAUAUACACAAAAUAUUUCCGACUAGGUCUCGGGUAGGAUCCAAACUCAAACAAAGACCCGCGGGUCCAAAAAAAUACAUAUUAGGUAAUUUUCUCUGAACCUAGACCCAAAUCAAACCUAUGUUUUUAGUCGGUUUCGGUUUUUUCUUUGGUCCAUAUUAAAUAUCCUGGUCUAAGAGAAAGUUAUAUAAAAUGUACAUAUAAAAUCUUAAUUAAACUACUCAUAGAAUAUAUAAUUUUCAAAAAUUAUCUUCUUCAAUAUAAUAUGACUUUAUAUUAUAAUAUAAUCUCAAAAACCCGCGCUUUCGAAGCGCGGGUCAAAAUUUAGUAUAUCUUAACAUUGUUACCAAAAAUAUAUGUAAAUUUUAGCUUUAUUUUCAUUAUAGAAUAAAUGUUUUGGGCCUUUACUGGACACGACACGCUAAUUGAGUUUCUAAGUUGAUGCCUUCUAUAGGCCCCAUAUGUAAUCCACCUCUAAUCAAUAUUGUACCGAAGAUAAAUUAUAUAGCUGAAUGUAUAAUUGGUUUACAGCUGGGGAAUGAAUCACGUUUAACGUAAUGUACGGCAUAAGAACUGUAGGCGCUUUGUUUCUUGUAGGUUUCAAAUUUCAAUAAAUGUCAAUAUGAAAAUAAUUAAGUAAACAAAUACGUAAUUUAAUAUGAAAAGAGGCCUAAAGAUUGGGAAUAUGAGAUAUAUUAGAGUAAAUUCUAAGAAAAUGUCCGUUUCAAUGCAACAUUUGCGUAUUUUCAUACUCAUGCAUGUGUACUACAUUUAUGCCACCAAAUCUUACUUACAAUGUUGAGUGCAUAUUAUGUAAACAUUGAAAAGAAUCAAAUAUCUAGAAAAGGUUACUACAUGGACUAUAAGAAGGAACCAAACAUAAUUGAAUUCAUGGAAAGAUGCCAUUACUUUCUUUGGAAAUUAGGCAGAAAGUAUAUUAUGGAUAUGAGACUAUGGCGAGUUUUCUGUGAUACCAGCAAGACCAGUCCAUCCAGUGUCGUGCGAAGGUUAUUAGGGGCUCAAGGCAAAAUUUAAAAAUUAAAAUUUAUUAAUAUAAACUGUUAUACAUUUUGUUAGUAAAUCUAACUCAAACCAGAUGUAUAUAUCGAACCAGAUGUAUAUAUGACCCCAUAGAUUGUAACUUAGUUUUAUUUUUAGAAAUGCUUAAUUCAUAAAAGAAAAAACAAUUAAGCAAAAAAUAAUCAAAUUUGAGACAAACACUAAAAACUGCUAUUAAAACCAUUAUACUAAACCAAACUUCUGCAAAAAUGGGAGCCCCAAAUUGUCAAUAUAUUAGUGGGGCCUGGGGCGAAAGCCUUUUUUGCAACAUGGUAGUCACGGCUCUGAGUCCAUCCAGUGAGGGAGCCAGACAAUGGUUUAACCAGGGGCAAUACAAGAUUUGACCUAAAUCUAUAGGAGGCAUUAGAAGAAAUUUGAUCACCUAAACCUAGAAAUUUUAAAUAAUCAAUGGAAAUUCAUAAAAUUUCAAUAUUUCAUAGGGGGCAGCUCCCCCCCCCUUCUUCAUGCUCUCCCUCCGCCGCUGAGUCCAUCCUAUUGCAUUGGUAGUUCAUCCAAGGAUGAUGGCAAGUGACUUCAUAAAGAUAAAUACGAUGAGAGAGAAAUUGAAAGGAUUUCAAGUGAGAGAGAAAUUUUGUAGUUUCAAUCAAAACCAAAUAUAGUUCUUAUUGUUGUCUUCUCCUAUAGAACUCACGUAUUCGAAGUUUCAACUAUACAUAAUAAAUAUCUAAUUACCAUAUAAUAAAUAAUGCUAGCUAUUAUAUAUAAGCAAACGUGAAAUAUUCUAUUACGCUAUAUAUAGUUUAUUUUUGUUAAAGCAUUAAGCUAUAUAUAGUUGAUAAAAACGAGUUUUUAUCACAAAAAUGAUCACCAAGUCAACUACCACCGUGCAUAAUGGACGGAUGUGCAGUGCAAUAUUCAAAUCUUAUUUAUACAGCUCAAUUCUCAAUUAAUUCAAAUCUCACUAUAAACUACUUUUUGGCUUAAUUCGAACCGUAUACCGAAAUUGUAACGAAUAUGUUAUGAAUUAAAGAUGUAAAGUUAAAAAACGUGCCCGCCAACAAAAAACUAGGUCAUACCAUACCAAAGUACAAUGUAAUAAAUUCAAAACUUUGACAAUUUGGCGUUUUUAAUGGCACCACUCCGCCUCCCAUUCUUCCUUGAACGUAAAGUAACCUUUUUACUCUUUUAUUUCACUCAUUUUCAUACAACUUUUUCACAAAUCACAUACACAAAUCCCACACGUUUAUGCCAACUAUUACUCAAUAUCAUAACUUUAAAAAUUAAUUAAGUUAUCAUGUACUUUAUUCUCCUAACUUAUUUAAAACUCGAUUCAAGCUGUAAUUUCUUGGAGAGUAACAAAACUAAACACUUUUUAAAAUCCAUAAAUCUCAUAUCCUUUUUCUCUAACCAUUUAUCUUAUCUACCUCUCUUUCUCUCUCUUUCUCCAUGAGCGCUCUUGCUUCUCAUCCUUCUUCAUCACAAGUUCCUCUACAAGGCUAUGAAGAAACACCCUAAGCCGUGUAGUUUCCUCUUCCACAUCUCUCUACUCUCUGUGCUGUCCGUCUUUCUUCUUGUUUCUUUUGCAUUUACAACCUCGUACACGCGUAAAUCAGGCAUUGGUCUCAGUCAUAAGAGAAUUCUAGCAAGUAAUUUUGACUUUACACCGUUUAUCAAGAUCAAAGAUCGAACUCAACGUCAACGUCGACGUCGAAGUCAAAGCCUGGCCGGAGAAGAAACCGGUUCUUGGUAUAACGAUGAGGAACGGCUAGUACCUAGCGGUCCAAACCCUUUGCAUCACUAGCUAAAAUUUCUUCGAUUCUGUAGAUUUUGAUGCUUUGCUUUUGAAUCAAUACAUAUGUUAUUUUAUAUACUGUGGAAGUGCAUUAACCAUUAUAUUUGCUUAAGGUUUCUUGGUCUGAGAAAUGUGGUUCGUUAGUAUAUAUCAAUAGCUUCAGUUUCUAUAUAUGUAGUGUAGGUUCUAUCUGUCCUAUACUAGAUAUAUAUAUAUAUAUAUAUAUAUAUAAUAUUCGUUGAACAUAAGUAACUAAUUUAUAUGAAUAUAUUGAUUUUAUCCCUAAAAAUGAAUAUAUUGAUUGAUAUAAUGUAGAUUGCGUUAAUUUUUUAAAAACAUCACGACAAUUUGUUUGUUUGAAUAUAUUUUCCUUUUACUAAAAUGUUAAAUUUAUCAAACAAUAAAUAAAUUAUUUAUUUCUCCACUACAUUACUAAUAUUGAUUUGUUUUAUUGUUAUAUUGAAGAAUGUCCCAUUUGUUUUGUUCUGAUUGUAAAGUUCUUUGAUAUUAUGCAAGAAAAUAUCUAUAAUACAUAUAAAACUGACAAUAUGUUAUUAGUGUUAUCUUGUAAAGUACGUCUGAAUAUAUAUGUAGGGUGUCCAAAAAGUUUUUAUAUUGAUCUAUCUCAAACAAAAACUUGUAUAUUCUAAACAUUUACACCCAAAAAAGAAAAAAAAAACUUGU